GCGGGACAGAGAAACCAGCCUGCGUGCAUCGAAGGGGCUCGUUGCCCUCCUUUAAGUGAAUCUGCAAAGCGAGCGGCGGCAGACGCGCAGCACCAGUAGCCUAUCGAGAGGCUCGCAACAGCUGGUCUCCCUGCAGCCUCGACGAGAGAAACAAACCCGGGGAGGGACGGUAGGGAGAGGGGGGCAUGCGGUCAAAGAGGACGCCGUUUCCCCCCGGAGAGCCAUGGAGAACCGGGAUGCGGCAGCGCGAAGUUUAAUCUGUGCAGGCGCGCUAAUUGGAUCGGAAUAGCACCAAGAGGAGCGCCCUGGACCGGCGGAGGCACGGCACCCCACCGUCACAGAGGAGAACCAGCCGGACCGCCCCCCCCCCCCCCCCCAAGUCAAUGAGUAUUGUGGCAGAGCAGCCCCCGCGGUGGAGUCGGCCAGGGCAGCACUUUUCUAAAAUAUGACCAGGGGUGCUUGGAUGCGUCGGCAGCAUGAUGAAGGCUUAAAAUACUGGUUUGCGCCCCGAGAGAACGAGAAGCCGUUUGCCGAGUCGGAGCGGGCCCAGAGAUGGCGACUGUCGCUGGCCUCUCUGCUCUUCAUCACCGUCCUGCUCUCUGAUCACUUGUGGUUCUGCGCCGAGGCGAAACUGACGCGAACCCGGGACAAGCGGUCGGACGAGGGGCUUGCAAUCACGGACACGGGCGAGUACCCAAACACCCCCCACCGCCACCGCAUCCCCACAUCUCCCGAUCCCCACCGUCUCGCCAGAGAGCAAGAUGCUAUUUUUGUAGGGAAUUCUACCAAAUCUCUGUGGCGAAUGGACGCCUGUCACCCCGACAGCCUGUCCAAAGACUGCUUUACCUUCACGGACGCGGAGACCGUGUGCCUGGGCCUCUCCGGCGGAGGGGGAGAGGGGACACAGUUGGCGUACGUGAAUCUGAGCGAUUUGUACCUUUCUUUUUGUAAUUCCUACUCUCUUUUGGAUUUGUUUCUCGGGUCUACGAGUCCGGUCGAUUUGAAUUGCACCCUGGAUAUGGCCAUGGGGGUGGACCUGCCGGGAUGCAGCGAGUGUGUGCGCGCUUAUCAGCGUCUUGACCUGGAGGCGGAGGAGAACUACCGGGAGUUUGAACUGCUGGUUCAGAAAUACGAGACGGAUGUAUACUCGGUCAGGACGUGCAUGGAGGAAUGCAAGAUGGUUUAUAAGCCCUGGCUGUGUUCUCAGUACUUCCAGACCACCCAGAUGCACUGCAGCAAGCGAAUCCCCUGUGGUCAGUACUGCCUGGAGGUGCAGCAGCGGUGCCCCUUCGUCCUGCCCGACAACGAUGAUCUCAUCCAUGGAGGCAGCCCCAGUUUUAUAUGCACAGGGCUGCUGGAGGACUAUCCAUCAGGUGUGGACCCAGAUGCAGAGUGCUGUGAUGUGCGGUGGGACUUAAAAGUGGACAACCGAUCCCGGGGGACCCUGAAAAGAACUCACCCGCCAUGCCAGCAUCGCACCUCCCUCAGCUCCUCGGCAGCCUGCAGACUGUGUAACAGCCGGCUCAAACUCUGCCUGCUGGUCCUUGUUCUCCUACACACUGUUGCCAGCCUCACUGCAUCCCACAAUGCAACAGGACUGGGCCUCCCUGCCAUCACACCUCUGGAGGAGAGCCCUGCCAAUGAGGAGUGACAGAGCUGCCAGGG